UUCCACUCUUUCCGAACUCUCUCCUUGUCAUCACGUCGAGUGCAUUAUUCAAACAACACCACGCUCACAGCAUCGAUACCGGCUCGACAAUUUUCCUACUCAACUUUCGAAGCUUUUAUCAUUCACCUCAGCUCUUCAGUCGGCCUUAAUGGGCCCUUUUUGAGCCAUCCACAUUUCCAAAUAUCUUUAUCAUUUUCGACAACUUCCGAGCCCAAUGGAGUACUCUUCUUCCGGGUCACGGCCAUGCGAGCAGUUACUUCUUUCCAGAAGACUCUCCAAGUUCUUCAAAAUGAACUGGACCGAGGGGACCUUAUACCGCCAUAGCCGCGGGAAGUUGCGGAAAGCCAACGCAGAAAAGCAACGCCAGAAGGAGUACUUCGCAAAAGCUCACCUUCGAGCAGCUGAGCAAAGAGAGGCUAUGAAGAACGGCCCUCCUCCCAUCUCAUACCUUCAGUCAAGCACGGCUCUACCAGAACCCCCUCCUGAUACAUUUCCCCCCGAGCAAAGCUCUUCCCACGGCGCCUCUCAUCGGCGAGGGAGAUGGGGUGCGAGUGUACCAACAGCAGAGGAUCCUGCAAAAUCCGAGCAUCUCUUACCAACAGUCGAUCAGUUCUUGAAGGAGCAAGUUGGCAAGGCUACUGCUACAGACACAGCGCCUUCUCGGUCGCGCACCAACACCAAAGAGGUAGAGAGGUUGAGACAGAGGCUUCUUGCGAGCAAAGACUGGGGUGCAAGCCGAAUUCGGUCCCCUGUUCAAGUCAACAAACGACCUCGCCUUGUGCCAGAGCAGGUAGGCCCAACUCAACCUACGAAAGCAACGAAAGAAAAGCCGGCGCAUAUUCUCCAGAGCAAUCGGGGCCUGUACCCUCAAAAGCACACGUCACGUUUGCGUUCUCUUCGCCGGGCGGAUGUGCAAAUCCGCGUUGGAAGUCAAGAAAAGCAGCUUAAAGAAAGCUCAACCAUUGGCAGCGAAAGCUUGGCACAUCCAAAGCAAAAUGCUCCAACUGAAAAGAGUCGGCAUUUCAUGAGAAGUUCGAGUGACUGUGAACCCGGAGAUAUGCCACCCCGCAAGCGAGUCCGAAGACAACCUUCCUCAGAUGCCGAAGAUUAUCCCUCUAGACAGGCAACCUCACGACAUACAGACAGCGAUGAUACACAUCAUAUUGUGACAUCGGUACCGAGCAUUUUUCAUCCAGUUCCUCUGCGAGCAAUAUCAGGUCAUUUAUUGCUCUCUUCGGGGACAUUGGAUUCCGCAAAUAUUGCCAGCCAUGUUGCUCAGGUUGGACGAACAAUAUCCCCUGUCCCGCCCUCACAGAAAGCAGAAAACUCGAUCUGGAAGGCCUGGUUGGAGGAGUCUAGCAGUGCUCCUGGUGCACAAACAAACCCUGAACCACAUGAGCCGGUGGCACAGCCCAGAAUCAGUCCUGGAGUAAGCGAAAGACACGAAGUAAGGUACGAGGAGUAUUCACCACCAGCUCAAGCACUCCGUGCCUGCGAGAAUGACAUUACUCUGCCUGAAGCUCCGCUUUCCAAUGCAGACGCACAUUCGAGUGUGCUUGGCCAAUAUGACAGACCAGUCGACAAGAUUGGACACUCGACACCAUCUCCAAACCAGAGAAGGCUGUCGGUAUUGCUCGAAACAUCGUCAAAUGAUGUCAAAAAGACAAUGAAUAAUGGAUACUGGCAUAUACCUGCUGUCUCCAACCAACCAGUCUCGGCCCCAUGCGAACCCACGAGAGGAGUACAUCAAGGUGACCCUAUUGAUGUUUGGAAGACAUUCGUGUUUGGGGACGAUGAUAGUGAAGAGGUCGAGCGAGACGCAUUCAGUGAAGCAAGACAUGAUGCAGCUCAAAAAAUACGGCCAUACGAUGAAAACAGCCUUCCAUCCAUCGGAGACGAGGAUCAUUCUGGGCACGACAGCAACAUUGCAAUGGCUGGAACGUCUUCUUCUGCCAACGUCGAGCUGUCAAAGUCUUAUGGGAGAGACUUUGCCAUUGAAGACUCAAUCCAAAGCCAGAGAAAGAUCAAUGAGCCAGGAUCGACGAGUUCUCAGCCUACCUCAGCCUCCCCGGAGGAGCGUGUUCUUAAUCCUCGAUAUACGCCACUUGCGAAUAGUCAUAGUAGUGUUGCCGUGGAGCCUCUUUGUGUUGACACAAGUCCCAUCAGUAACGAGCCUGAGACAACCGAGAACAUGACGAUCGCCAUGUCAGAUGCGCCGGGCGAAUCGACCUCGGUAGCGGCUUCGGUAACCACAUCUACAGACGCGUCUCUGGUAGUUGAACCAGCGCAGUCCCGAUUCGGGGCCCCGGACUCGGGGGAACAGUUUCGAUUUGCGCCGCCGAGACCAUUUGGGGGUAAACACUCUAUCCCAUCACGCAAUGACCGUCCUUCGGCAGCCAUUGCCCCGGUCACUCUUAAACGGAAAAGGGGUAGACCGAGAAAACGGGCCCGUGACGGGAGAGCGGAUAUACGGGCACUACCUAACUACAGCGGCGACCCUAUUGAGGAGAUUGAAGAUGAGGUUGAUGCUCCGCCGCCAUCCUUGUUUGGCUCUCUGGACGUUUGUUAUGAUCAGUAAUGGUAUUUGUUGUAAUCAAACACCAUAUCUGAAACUAUCCUCGCCAAGUGAUAGCAUGUACAGAGUCCAGGUUCCUAAAUAUUUUUGGUUUCAUGUAUCUUCCGGCUUUUCUGUGUUGUUCUUGUCACAAAAAAAAUAUCCUGUAACCUCUCUUCGCUGUUUUACAUGUUCUUCUUUAGUGGAUUGAAGCCCAAGAGGUCAGUCACAUGGUAGUGUUGCUCGGUACUUAGAAUACUGAGCCUGUACAAUACUAGA